AUCCCGUCUGAGGGGACCCGAACCCAAAGGGACCCGAACCCGCCUGAGGAGACCCGAACCGGGAUCUGAUCCCGCCUGAGGGGACCCGAACCCAAAGGGACCCGAACCCGCCUGAGGAGACCCGAACCGUUACCUGAUCCCGCCUGAGGGGACCCGAACCCAAAGGGACCCGAACCCGCCUGAGGGGACCCGAACCCAAAGGGACCCGAACCCGCCUGAGGGGACCCGAACCGGGAUCUGAUCCCGCCUGAGGGGACUCGAACCCAAAGGGACCCGAAUCCGACUGAGGGAACCCGAACCGGGACCUGAUCCCGCCUGAGAGGACCCGAACCAGGAUCUGAUCCCACCUGAGUGAACCCGAACUCGCCUGAAGGGACCCGAACCCAAAGGGACCGAAAAGCGGGACCGUCCCGUCUUGAAACACCCGAAGCCGCCUGAGGGGACCCGAACCGGGACCCGAACCCACACGGGAGAACCCGAACCGGCCCGGAAAGACCCGAACCGGGACCGUCCCGUUCGGAAACACCCGAACCAGAUCCGAAGGGACCCGAACUCCUCCGGAAAGACCCGAACCCACUCGGCCGCCGCGAUGCCCGCUCCGUGCCGCCCUCCGUCCCCCCUUCGCUGCGUGCAGGCGCUGUGCGCGCUGCUGGCCCUGUCCCUGGCGGCGGCGGCGGGGCCGUGGCUGCCGGGCGAGGGCGACGGCUGCCUGUCCGCCUGGGCCCUGUCCUUCAUCCUCACCCUCCUCCUGCUGGCCAACGACGCCCUCCGCCGCCCCCCGCCCCGCCGCGACGUCCCGCUGGCCCUGGCCUGCGCCGCCGGCCUGGCCUGCGCCGCCGCCACCGUGCUGUGGCCGCUGGGCCACCUGCGGGGCCGCGAGGGCGGCCAGGGCCAGCCCCGCGCCCUCCGCGCCGCCGCCGCCGCCUUCUCGGCCGCCGCCGCGCUGGCCUACGGCGCAGAGGUGGCCCGGGACCGCGCCCGGCCCGGAGAGGCCGCCCCGUACCUGGCCACCCCCUCGGGGCUGCUCAAGGUGGCCGAGGCCUUCGUGGCGCUGCUGCUGCUGGGCCUGGCGGCCGAGCUGGGCGCCGCCUCGGGCUCCGCCGCCUGGCGCUGGUGCCUGGGCAUCUACUGCGUGUCCUUCGUGCUGGGCGCGCUGCUGGUGGGCGGCUGCCUGCUGGGCUGGGGGUGCUGCGGCUGGAUGCGGGACCCCGAGGGGCUGCGCUGGGCGCUGGGGGUCUACGCGGGGCUGGGCGCGCUGGCCUACGGGGCGGCCACCGUGCUCUGGGCGCUCUACGGCUUCUCCGAGGACCUGGGGGGCCGGGCGCGCCGGCCCUACGGCUGCUCCCCGGCCUGCCCCUGGGACAGGACCGUGCUGGUGGCCGUGCUCAGCGGCCUCAACCUGCUGGCCUUCAGCCUCGACCUGGGCCAGACGGGCAGGCUGGUGCUGCUCAGGGCCUGA